CUUCUUCUUCAUCCCUCUCCAACUUUACCUUUCUCCUUUCGAUUCAAAUCACUGUCUCUCUCUCUCUCUCUCUCUCUAGAUCUUACUCUCACUCUGAGCUUCUCUCACUGCAGAGUCGCCAUGGCGGCUCACCGAUCUCUCCUCCUCCUACUCUUCUCCUUCCUCCUCCACAAUGCGGCGGCGGUUACGCUCUCCUCCCGCCUCAUCCACCGCUUCUCCGACGAGGCCAAGGCUCUCAAGUCCUCCCGCAGCUCCGGCGACUCCAAGCUCUGGCCGCAGAGAAACUCCAUGGACCACUACCACCUCCUCGCCAACUCCGACUUCCAGCGCCAGAAAAUGAAGCUCGGCGGCGGUGGCGGCUCCGGUCGCCGGUCUCAGCUCCUCUUCCCCUCCGAAGGUAGCAGCACGGCGUCGCUCGGCAAUGACUUCGGCUGGUUGCAUUACACGUGGAUCGAUAUCGGCACGCCGAAUGUGUCGUUUCUGGUGGCGUUGGAUACCGGAAGUGAUCUCCUUUGGGUGCCUUGUGAUUGCCUACAAUGUGCUCCUCUAUCAGCCUCUCACUAUGCUACUCUGGAUAGAGAUUUGAAUGAGUAUAGUCCGUCUGGCUCAAACACCAGCGAGCAUGUAUCUUGCAGCCAUGAGUUGUGUACAGCUGGUCCAAACUGCAAGGGCGCCAAGCAGCCGUGCCCUUAUAGUGUUGAGUAUUUGUCGGAAAAUACAUCGAGUUCUGGAUUGCUUGUGGAGGAUAUAUUACAUCUUGUAGCUGUGGGUACUGGUGUAUCAAAAAGUUCUAUUCGGGCACCUGUGAUUGUAGGAUGCGGUAUGAAACAAAGUGGUGGGUACCUGGAAGGCAUUGCUCCUGAUGGUCUUAUGGGGUUAGGACUUGGAGAUAUUUCAGUUCCUAGUUUUCUUGCUAAAGCAGGACUGAUCAAAAACUCUUUCUCUAUGUGCAUUGACGAGGAAGGGUUUGGGGGAAGAAUAUUUUUUGGCGACCAGGGACCAAAUACUCAACACUCUACAUCCUUCUUGCCCUCAAACGGAAACUAUGAAACCUACGUUGUUGGUGUGGAGGCAUGUUGUGUUGGAAACACUUGUCUUAAGCAGACAAGCUUCAGGGCAUUGAUUGAUAGUGGGACAUCAUUCACGUUUCUUCCAGAAGUAGUGUAUGAUAAAAUUGUAGUGGAGUUUGACAAGAGAGUGAAUGCCACAAUCACGAGUUUUGAAGGAGUUCCUUGGAAGUACUGCUAUAAAACCAGUUCUCAAGAUUUGCUGAAAGUGCCUUCCAUGACGCUUAUGUUCCUGGCAAACAAUAGCCUUGUGGUCAACGACCCCAUUUUUCCAAUACAUGGGAAUCAGGGUGUUGUCGGAUUUUGUUUAGCCAUACAGCCAGCAGAUGGUGAUAGUGGAACGAUUGGACAGAACUUCAUGACCGGAUACCGGACAGUAUUUGAUAGGGAAAAUAUGAAGCUAGGCUGGUCUCGCUCAAAAUGUCAAGAUUUUGAUGAUGCUAAGAGUAUGCCCCUUACACCUUCUCCAAAGGGCACACCGCCAAAUCCAUUGCCGACAACUGAGCAGCAGAGCAGUCCUGGUGGGUUUGCUCCUGCUGUUGCUGGAAGAGCUCCACCGAAAGCAUCAGCUGCAUAUAGUCGGUCAAAGUUUUGUUUUUUGAGAUGGAUGGCUCUAAUAGUAUUAUUUCAUAUCGUCUUCGUCUUCUAGGAGAUUACCACCACCCCACCCUUCAGUCAUCUAUGUAGUCGUCCAUGUAAAUGCUGUGUUUUUGUUCUCUUUAUUUUCACUUUCCACCCUGAAAUGGUUAGAGCUGUUCUUAAUCAAUUAGAAUCGGUUUCUC